GGUAAGGUUAGUCGCCGUUCUUGAACUACCUAAUUCUGCCUUAUACAUGAAAUAUAUAUGUAUGUUAUGGCCUAUAAACAUGGAGUUUUUAGUGGAAGUUAAUCGUUUUUUAGCGCCAACCUGUGAACCCCGAUUAUUUUCUCCAUCCCCUAAACUUAUAGCACCCCCACGGUCCACAGGUGAUAGUUUGGUACUUGUGUGGGGGUUGCAUAUAUGUACCUCCAACUAUGGGCAUUCGGUAACUCGGUAACUUUUAACUCUCUUUAACAGCUAAUAAGCCCUGGAACUUGCAGCAUCCGCGGGCGCUUAUAGACCCGACCCGCUUAUGAAUCGGACCUAAACCUUGGAAAACUACUCACACAUCUAUCUAUUACAUCUUUUCCGUAGGUACAUGCAUAUUAAGUUCUUUUUUUUUGGGUUCUUUUGUGGACGUCAUAAUCUAUACCUUGUUUCUUCUUACACUUGCGAUUCGGAUUCGUUUUCUUUGGUUCACCUCACCUCGCUUCGCUUCGUCUUCGUGUCACACAACAAGAACAACACAUCAAUCACAUCACAUUUUUCAAACAAGGGGGGGGAAGAAACGGGAAAACGACCACUCAUAUGCGAUAGAUGUAGUGCGCCAAGCAUAGAAAAGAGAAAGGAUUUGAAGGGAAGAGAGAAAAGGGGGUUGACUGAAAACGAAGCAAAUCGAGGGAAAGGGAAAAGGGAAAAAAGAGAUGGUGGCAGAUCCGGAGGGAAAGACCUCGCCGGUCAUGUCGCUGGUCGCCGGCGGUAUAGCGGGGGGUGUGGAAUCAGCUUGCACGUACCCCUUCGAAUUUGCAAAGACACGGGUGCAGCUAUACGGCCAUGAAGGUAUCAAGAACCCGUUUAUGGUAGUCGCCAAGGUAGCUAGGGAAGAGGGCUUACGUGCACUAUACAAGGGGUGCUCAACUAUGAUAGUGGGCUCUAUCGGGAAAGAUGCAGUACGAUUUGUCGCGUUUGACAGCAUUCGGUCUCUGUUCGAGGACCCGGUUACACACCGGUCCACCACGGCGCAAUCUAUCGCUUCCGGGAUGCUAACCGGCGUCGUGGCCUCAACAACCAUCGUAACGCCUUCCGAACGCAUCAAAACCGCCCUCAUAGACGAUGCCCGUACAUCGCGGCGUUUCCAUUCCCCUAUCCACUGCAUAACAACCCUCUACCGCGAACAAGGCGCUCUCCGUGCCCUGUAUUCUGGGUACACAACCACAACCUUGAAACAAGUCGGCACAACCGGCUUUCGACUAGGUUCCUACGCCGCGCUCAAAGACUGGGAACGCGGCUACGGGAUCCCCGUAGACAAUGCGUUAACCAGUUUCGCCAACGGUGCGUUCGCGGGGACACUGACUACGCUCGCGACGCAGCCUUUUGAUACGGUGAAGACAAAGGCACAACAAGCUAAGGCUGUGGGGACUAUGGAGUGUGUGAGAGUGAUAUACGCUAAGGAUGGAAUACGCGGGUUCUGGAGAGGUACGGUUAUGAGAUUAGGACGUACGGUGGCGGCCGGUGGGAUUUUGUUUACGGCGAAUGAACAGGCGCUUAAAUUGCUUAAAACUGUUUUUGGGUAGGCGUUUAUGAUGUUUUGGGUAUAGAUUGGAUAGAGAUGGGCUAUAUUAUAUAUAGGGGCAAAAGGGGUUAGGAGUAUCCCGGAAUACUAUAGAUUGUUGAAGGGGAAGAUGAGUGGCUGAGUAUAUAAUGGAUGGAUAUAUCUCAAAGGUAUUAGCUACCUAAUUUGAAAGCAUAUUCUAACCGUGU